GAAUUCCAGGGCCUAUGAACCCGGAAGCGCCGCGCGGGACUGGGCGAUGGCGAGGCCGAAAGGCGGCGGCGGCGGCGGCGGCGGCGGCGGGGUGGAGCUGGUGCAGCUGAACGUGGGCGGCAGAAGGUUCAGCACUUCCCGCCAGACGCUUACCUGGGCCCCGGACUCCUUCUUUUCCAGCCUCCUCAGUGGCCGGAUCUCCACCUUGAAGGAUGAAACAGGCGCUAUCUUCAUUGACCGUGACCCUGACAUCUUUGCUCCCAUCCUGAACUUUCUGCGGACCAAAGAGCUUGAUCUCAGGGGGACCAAUGUUUCGGUGCUGCUGCAUGAAGCAGAAUUCUAUGGGAUCGCUCCACUAGUUCACCGCCUGAAGUUAUGCAACGAGCUUGAGCAGUCAUCUUGUGGGAGCGUCCUUUUCAGUGGCUACCUGCCACCCCCAGUGUUUCCUGCCAAACGGUGGAACCGUCACAGUGUUGCAGGGCCACAGCUGGCCAUCCGAUCAGGGAGACUGUUGGAGCAGACACUUGUGCGGCGGAGUAAUACCAUGCCCCCCAACCCUGGCAGCUCCGGACUGCUGGGUCGGCUGCCUGAAGAGAGAGAGACAAGUGCCAGCGCUUCCAGUGACCCAGGCAUGGUGCGUCUUGUGUGCGGGCAUCAUAACUGGAUCGCCGUAGCCUAUGCUCAGUUCUUGGUCUGUUACAGGAUGAAAGAGACAUCCGGGUGGGAGCUGGCAUUCUGCAGCCCCCUGCUAGACUGGGUCAUUGAACAUGUGGCACUGAAUGCCCGGGUCAUCGGUGGCUCCCUGGGUGACAAUGACAAGAUGGUGGCUGCAGCAUCCUGUAGUGAGGUUCUCCUUUGGGCACUGCAGCCUGAUGGGAGCGGUGUGGAGAUUGGUGUGUUCCACUUGGGGGUCCCUGUGGAAGGUCUCCUGUUCGUGGGCAACCAGCUCAUUGCUACCAGCCGCUUAGGCAAGAUAGGUGUCUGGAACGCCGUCACCAAGCACUGGCAGACUCAGGAUGUGAGCCCGAUAAACAGCUAUGAUGCGGCUGGGUCCUCCUUGCUGCUGGGCUGCAGCGACGGCGCUGUCUGCUACGUUGACGUGCAGAAGUUUCCCUUGCGCAUGAAGGACAAUGACCUGCUGGUCACAGAGCUGUACCGUGACCCCUCUGAGGAGGCCAUCACUGCCCUGAGCGUCUAUCUCCCGCCAAAGAGCAGUAACAGCAGCAACUGGAUCGAGAUUGCCUACGGGACGAGUUCCGGCAUGGUCCGGGUGAUCGUCCAGCACCCGGAGACGGUGGGCUCGGGGCCGCAGCUCUUUCAGACGUUUGCCGUCCACCGCAGCCCAAUCACGAAGGUGAUGCUUUCAGAGAAGCACCUGAUCUCAGUUCCAGCGGACAACAACCAUAUUCGCGAUCGCGGACGGUAAUAUUUCCGUGGGAUGAUCUCCACAUAUCGUUGCUCUAAUCCACUCGCCUCCUUCAAGAUCUUGGCACUGGAGUCUGGGGAGGGGCACGGAGGCUGCAGUGCUGGCAUGGAUAUAGGCCCUUUUGGGGAGCGGGAUGACCAGCAGGUCUUCCUCCAGAAAGUGGUGCCCGACACCAGAAAGCUGCACGUGCGCCUCUCCUCCACGGGCAAGAGGAUCUGCAAAGUCUGUUCCAUCGACGGGGCGCCCAUCACGGCCUUCAUGGUGCAGGAUUGCGAGGGUUCCAGCCGCAUCGGCUCUCGCCCACGCCGCUAUCUCUUCACUGGCCACUGCAAUGGCAGUGUCCAAAUGUGGGACCUCACCACAGCCAUAGAGGGGCUGGAGCGAGUGCCAGCUGCUGGUGGGGUCUCAGAGGAGACGCUCCUGCAAGAACUGGGCCACUGCGACUUGGCACUCAUUCACAUGCCAGAGACAAACCCGGCUAGAUCGGACACCCCCAUGGGCACCACCUGCGCCACCAGUUCCAGCAGCCUCCAGCUGGCAGGUGCUGGUGGGACCCAAGAGAAGGUGGCUCUGUGUUCCCCAGCCCUUCCCUGCCUCUCCAACAGAGGCCAUUCCGGCCCUGAAGCCCACCGUCAGCCAGGGGGUGUGGACAGGUGGCCUGUUGGUGGGAGCUUUGUUGAGCGAUCCCAGGAGCUUGGCUGCUCCUCUGAGGGCUGCUGGGCCAGUUGUGCCAGGACCAGGCCUCGUGAGGACUCCACGGACUCCGGAGACCAGAGACCAGCCAGCAGUGGUCCUGCCUCAAUGGAGCCUGCCUGCCCACUUAGUGAAACCUCCUUCUGACUGGCUGAAGGGGCCUCUGCGGCCAGAUGGGCCAGGCUCCCUUAGCAGAUCUCAGCUGCCCCCCGGGCUUCUCCCCCUGUGCUGGAGAGGCAGGCUGAGGAGCCUGUUUAUAUUCCCUGCCCGCACAAAGACCACCUACCACUCCUACCACUGCCUCCACGGUGUCACCUCGCGUGGACCUUCUCCACCUCACACCUCCUUCCACUUACAAACCACUCGGGUUUGGGGCCCCAGCGUGCUGUGCCCAGUUCUUCUGGGGGAAGGAUUUUGCAUAAGUUUCCCCACCGGGGAGAUCCCUGCUGCUCUCUCCAAAAAGCCAAAGCUGUCUGAGAUUGAGACUGAUGCACUGUUACUGUCCUCCUUUUUGUGGCAAUAAACUGGAAGGGUUACCCACC